AGCCCCUGAACGCACCACAUGGAGGCGUGGCUUGUUUGAAUGUCCAGCGGGGAAACAGACAUUUGAUGAAGUUGCUUUUUUGUUUGUAUUAGUUAUCCGAACUCCACGGUUUUCGUGUAGAUGCAGUUCAAAUGAAAUGUGACAGAUAGAGUUUGUAGUGUUAGAUUGCAGUAAACAGAGUUGCAAAGUAAUUUUUAAAUGUCCGUUCGGUGAGUUUGAUUUUUUUAAAAGGGCUAACAGCUAGCUUGUUAGCAUUGCUUUUAGCCUCAUUUGUCCGACCAGUUUAACAAAUUAUAAUGGAUAAAAGAUAGAACCUUGUCAUCACACGUUGUUGAAUAGAAGUGUAACGCUCUGUUGAAAGCUUUGUUUCUCCGAAUGCAGAACUUUAUUAGUAACUUAAAGUCAGGGUGAGCCUGUUACCAGUAGGAUGCCUAUACGAGCAUCUUGCACAAUUUGCUCGGAUUUAUUCGAUCACUCCAGAGAUGUCGCCGCCAUUCACUGCGGACACACUUUCCACUAUGAAUGUGUUCUUAAGUGGUUCCAGACAGCACCCACGAAAACCUGUCCUCAGUGCAGGAAGCAGGUCAACUCCAGACACAUCAUCUGCAAGCUGUUCUUUAACGUGGAUGUGGAGGAGAAGAGCUCAGCAGACCCGGAGAGUCUGGAGAACGAACUCGGUCGAGUGAGAGCCCUUCUAAGCUCCAAAGAACAAGACUGGCGGGACAAACAGAAGUCUAUGGACAGCUUAAAAGACACGUUGGACAGGCAGAGGAGAGACCUGGACCAUAUGCGGAAAGAGAUCCGGGAUAAGGACAUGCUGUGUUCAGCUCUCAAAAAACAGAUGACUUAUAUGGAAAUGCAGCAAGAUGAAGUUCAGUCUGCAAAGGAGGAGGCCCGGAGACUGAGGACCAAGCUAAAAACCUUUGAGAGUUUGGAUGUGUUGCUGCAGGGCCAGAGAGCAGAGGUGGAGUCCAUGAUCACAGACAUGGGUGUCAGCUCAUCAGCAGUGGAGCAGCUCUCCAUUUACUGCAUCUCUUUGAAGAAGGAGUAUGACAAUCUUAAGGGGAGCCUGAAGUCUUCAAAUGAGACGUGUGAGAAGCUGAAGAGAGAAGUGUUCUCUUCUAACAACAAGUUGCAGAAAACUUCCCAGGAGUUAAAUCAGACAAAGGAGGAUGUAAAAUCUCUGCAGGCAGAUCUGGCAAAUGCUGACAGAGAGAUUUCUAGUCUGAAGAAGAAAGUGGAUUUUCUGCAGAAGACUCUGAGCACCCCAACCAGGACAAAUGAAACCCUCAGCAGGCUGGUUUUUGAAAGUCCAGCUCCAGUGAACCUAAAGGAGCCUCGCUUCCACCAGCCGCCUGACGGAGAUGACGUCGAUCUCAACAUCACCUAUGACAUCAGCACUCCAGAGCAUGUGGUCAAGAGGUCGACGCAGGUCACGGCACAGAAGAUGAGCGUCGACCCACCUUUAACUUCUUUUGCCAAACUCUACAAAAAAUCUUCAUCAGAGAGCAAGCCCCAGGAUGAAGAUCCAGCCAUGGGUCCUUUCCUAAGGAACUCCCUGCUUUUCCGGAAGAAGACUUUUGGAGGCAUGUUGGACCCUCAUCAUCAUAAACCAGGAGCAGUCAGAACGGGUUAUGAUGGACUUGGAGGCAGAACGAAGUUCUUCCAGCUUUCUCCGUUAUCGGAGAUUCGACCGCUAAUUAAAGCCAAGAGGAAAAAGGUGAGCCGGCCGCCCCCAAAGGUUACCCCCUGCCUGACUCUGGACGGCUUCCUGGAGUAAAUCCUCACAGUUCCAAGAUGAACGACUGUCCCUUUGGGUCAUAGAUCUAGCUCUGCCACUCAGCAGCUUUCCCACUUGGCCCUUUAAUUAAAAGAAACUCGCUUUUGAUGAAUACUGGAUUUCCUGUGAAGUCGACACAUUAGAUGACCGUCUUUAUUUUUAUGUGUUGACAUGAAUUUUGAGAUACAGAAACUGACCUGACGAGAAUCUGAGUUAGAUCUUUAUUAAAGUAAAACCUACCUGCAAAAUUCUUUUCUUUUCUUUAAAUUAUGUCAUCUGUUGUCAAGAAAUGCUGCUGAAGUUUGUACUUUUUCUCUUGUAUCGUUCCACCACUUAUUAGUCAGUCAAAUAAUAAAAUAUUUGUUUUCUUUUA